CAAAACGCGGUGUUUUGGAUAUUAGCAUGAUUUCAAAACAUUAAUAGCAUAGUACGUGUACUUUAAUAAUAAAACAUAGAACGAAUGUUAGAUUUCGCAUGUACGGCAUUGAAGAUUCGGAAACAAAAGUUAUGUUGAUUGUUUUAAACCAUAACUGUAUGAUUGGAUAUACUUUGAGUUUCCGAAAACAUAAUGCGGCAAUAUUCAAUUAUUUCAUUUUAAUUAAUUCAUGCAACACAUGUUGGCGUUCUUUGAUGCUGCCGGGACGCUUGCAGAAAAUAGUAUCUUGAAGUGUUUGCGUAUUUGAAGGUGACAAUAUUCCACGUCUCACUUUCUUGGCAUUUCGUAGAGCGACGUGUUUACGUUGGUUAUGAAAUGACUUAUUUAUUCACAUGCACGCACUGACAAAAAGGAUAAACUGAAAUGUCAAACAACACGUCUGUCUACAUGUGAGAUGCAUAUGUUUACAAAUUCUGAAUACAGUUCAUGGAAUACUUCUUCGUGACGACAUUUAAUGAAGUGUUUAAAAAAAUACGCGAUGGCUUUUUUUUAGUUUUUAAAUAUGCAACAUAUGUUGUUUACGAUUGAAUUAUACAUGGUGCUAGUAAACUCAAUGGAAUUUAACAAACUGCCGUUUCAAAUAUUAUUUUUCACAAUUUUACUCGCACGGUAUAUUACCAGCGAGCUUUAUGGUGGACCGAAACAUAAAAAUAAUGUUAAUGACGCCAUACGUCUUACUGACGUCAUAAGCGACGUCAUCGAAACGUUGUGCAUAGGUCAAGACACUGAUAGACUUGUGUACCGAUACAGAAAUGACACUCACAUAUUUAUCGGCUUUGAUGUAAUACAAGACAACGUGAUAUUCACCAUGGAGUGGCUUAUGUAUGGUAAUGAUGGUGAGCUGCUUCGGGACCUGAACUUGAACACCGGAGGGUUCGACAUCAGCCUGUCACAUCCUGUGCGCCAGUCGCUCACCGUGGACAAGAUCCUCGGACUCGCUAACCUCCGUCAGCAGCGGCUGUUCGCGGAUUUCCUGUCCGAGUGCCGGGUACCAGGCCUAACGCAGUCGUGCCUCAUUGAAGCCUUCGUUACCAUGGCAACCGGCAUGAAGAGCGUCAAGCUUCACAAGUCAUGCGUGCCCAGGUGGCGCCGUCUGCCGUUCGACUACUGAACACUCGGGAAACUCGUGCGAUUUGUCAUAUAUCUGUCAGUUCCGGUACGCCAGUGCCUCACAGUGGACAAGAUCUUCGGACGCUCUAACUUUGGAAACUCCUGCGAUUUGUCAUAGACCACAGACAAUCUCCAUUCACAUGUUUGUUUUAAUGUUCUCUUGGAAUUUUACUAAAUGUUCAAUAAAUGACGAUUAGUUUUA